AGGAUCCCAUUGCACGAGGCUCUAGAACUUCCAACAUCUUAGAGGGCCAUUCUUCCUCUACAAAAAAGUGAAAAACGAACGCAAGCAAAGAUGCCACCUCUCACUCCCACAAGGUUCUCCUUCCCUCUAACCUCUCCACUCCUCCACCUCCUCCUCCCCUCCACCACCACCAUGUCCUUCUCUUCCUCUUCUCCUUCCCCUUCUUCACUCUCCAACCCCAAACAACCCGACCCGCAACUCGACCAAAACCUCUCGCAGGUCCUCACGUACCACAACGACACCAAGCACCACUUCACCCGCUACGCCAGAAGCCCUCGUGGCCUCGACUGGGCCAACCAGCCCAACCCAUUCCGCCGCUACCUCUCCGCGCCUCUCCUCCCUCUCCUCCACCCCACACCACCCGACGACCACCCCUCCCCUCUCUACUCCUCCCUCUUCACCUCACUCCCUCCCCCAAAACCCAUCUCCAAAUCCACCAUUUCCCAACUCCUCUACGACUCUCUAGCUCUCUCCGCUUGGAAAACCACCGGCUUCUCCACCUGGUCCCUCAGAGUCAAUCCCAGCAGCGGUAAUCUACACCCCACCGAGGCUUAUAUAAUCUCCCCGCCGAUCCAUUCCCUCUCCGAUUCCGGCUUCGUGGCCCAUUACGCUCCCAAAGAGCACGCAUUGGAGCUCCGGGCCCAAAUCCCAACGUGGGUCUUCGCCGAUUUGCUUCCCAAAGACUCGUUCUUGGUCGGACUAUCGUCGAUUUUUUGGCGGGAAGCUUGGAAGUACGGAGAGCGGGCUUUCCGGUAUUGUAACCACGACGUGGGUCAUGCUAUUGCGGCGGUUGCGGUGGCGGCGGCGGAGCUGGGUUGGGAUGUGAAGAUACUUGAUGGGUUGGGGUAUGAGGAUUUGGAGAAGCUUAUGGGGGUUGAGAUGUUGCCACAUUUCGAAAUUCCGGCCCGGGCUGUGAAGGGGAGGCUUCCCGAGAUGGAAUUCGAGCACCCGGAUUGUGUUCUGGUGGUUUUUCCUAGUGGAGGUGGUGGGUUUGAGGUGGAUUAUGAGAAGUUGAGUUUGGCGAUUUCGGAGUUUUCGAAGUUGGAGUGGAAGGGGAAGCCGAAUGUGCUUAGUAAAGAGCAUAUAUGUUGGGAUGUGAUUUAUAGAACGGCGGAGGCUGUGAAGAAAGAGAGGGAUUUAGGAGGUAGGUUUUCGGUUGAGGCGUUUCGGAGUAGUGGGAGUUGUAGUGAGGGUUCGUAUAAGGGUUUAACGGUUAGGGAGGUUGUUAGGAAGCGGAGGAGUGCUGUGGAUAUGGAUGGAGUUACUGCGAUGGAGAGAGAGACGUUUUAUCAGAUUCUUUUGCAUUGUCUUCCUUCUGGAAGUGGAGGGAAGCAGAAGCGGCAGCUGGCGUUGCCAUUUCGGGCUCUUUCGUGGGAUGCUGAGGUCCAUGCUGCUUUGUUUGUUCAUAGGGUGAAGGGACUGCCGGAGGGAUUGUAUUUCUUGGUGAGGAAUGAGGAUCAUUUUGAUGAGCUCAAGAAAUCUAUGAGGUCUGACUUUAAGUGGGUGAAACCUCAGGGUUGCCCGGAAGGUCUUCCUCUGUAUGAACUGCAUAGAACUGAUUGUCGGGCUAUUGCUGAAAAGCUCUCAUGCCAUCAGGAAAUUGCCAGUCAUGGCUGCUUUAGCCUUGGCAUGGUGGCUUCGUUUGAGCCUCUAUUGCAGGACAAAAAUGUGUGGAUGUAUCCUCGAUUAUUUUGGGAGACUGGAGUUCUCGGUCAAGUGUUGUACCUUGAAGCACAUGCAAUUGGCAUUUCUGCAACAGGAAUUGGUUGCUAUUUUGAUGAUCCUGUGCAUGAAUUGCUCGGGUUGAAAGGAUCAAACUUCCAGAGUCUGUAUCAUUUCACAGUGGGAGGCCCAGUGAUUGACAAGCGGAUUAUGAGCCUACCGGCAUAUCCUGGCCCUAGUGUUGAUGCCUGAAAACAGGGUUUUAGUUAGGCAUAGAUAACUAUACUGCUUUAAUUGCCAUGGUUGUACAUAUAUACUAGAAAUCACUAGGGAAUAGAUUUUAUCUGGUGGACAAGUGCAGUCAAGUGCUUAUGUACCUUGUAAUAGUUAGAAACUGCUAAUUCUUCAUUCCAUUGAAUGGUUUAGCCACAUGCUUCUUAUGAUGUCAAGCAUUACAUA